UUUAUCUCACUCACUUCACCCACAAGCGCUGGGGCUUGGGGUUUUUUGGUCAACUUGCUGUAUCCCAGAACAAGCUUAGACAUUAAAAAAAAAACUUCUAAGGUGUGUCUUUCUUUAAGGGAACGAAGAAAAGGGGGGCCCGAGAAGCAAACAACGGGAGCCCGUCCCAACUUCCGCCACUUGCCUGUGUGAGAGAAACGUAAGAGUUCAAAAUUCAGACAAACAUUCUCUGAACCAACAGAGGAAAAGCCUUCCUCAAAAACAACGUAAACAGGCCGGAGAAAGCUACUGACUACAAAAGUCUGGGUGGAAAUAGACAGGAACGCCGCUGUGAUGAGAUUCUGCUUCUUCCUCCUCGCUUUGUGGCCUGGGAUACUUGGCGACAUUCUUCGGCUAGACAAAAUGUACGGGAGGAUCGCCUCCCCAGAUUUCCCCAACGUCUAUCCUAACAGCAAGGAGAGGAUAUGGAAUAUCACCCUGCCGCAGGGCUAUGCCAUCCGCAUCUAUUUCACUCACUUCAACCUUGAGCUGUCUUACCAGUGCGAAUACGACUAUGUCAAACUGAACUCAGCAGGUAAGGUCGUGGCCACUCUCUGCGGACAAGAGAGCACUGACACAGAGGAGGCCCCUGGGAAAAAGAUAUACCGCUCCAUUGAUAACAAUUUACAAGUGACUUUCCGAUCGGAUUACUCCAACGAGAAACAGUUCACGGGCUUUGAGGCCUUCUACGCUGCUGAAGACAUUGAUGAGUGCGAAGGGCAGCUGGAUGGCGAGUUGCCUUGUGACCACCACUGUCACAAUUACCUGGGUGGCUUUUAUUGCAGUUGCCACAUUGGCUACCUUCUGCACAAGGACAAGAAAACUUGCAAAGCGCACUGUCCGAAUAAGGUGUUGACAGCAAGAACUGGUGUAAUCUCCAGCCCCAAUUAUCCCAACCCGUAUCCUAAAAUAUCCGAGUGCAGUUAUAGCAUCCGGGUGGAAGAAGGUUUCAUGGUCAUCCUAGAAUUUGUGGGACUCUUUGAUGUAGAAGACCAUCCAGAAGUGCUGUGUCCCUAUGACAUCCUGAAGCUUUGCCGUGCCCCGACCCUCAAGCGCCACCCAACGGCCGGAUCACUCCAGUGCAGGCAAAAUAUAUUUUUAAAGACUUCUACAGCCUCACUUGCAACGUGGGCUACGCACUUUUGGAGAACAAACUGAUUGUGAAAUCGUUCCAAGCAACUUGCCAAAAGGACGGGGCAUGGAACAAGCCAAUGGCCCAAUGCACCAUUGUUGACUGCGGCCCUGCCAGUGACAUAGCCAAUGGCACGCUUGUGUAUGUCACCGGAAGAGAGAUCUCUACCUAUCAAGCUGAAAUCAAAUAUAAUUGUGAAAGCCCCUUCUACGCCCUGAAAACCAGCCAUUCUGGUAACUACCGGUGUGCCCAUGAUGGUUUCUGGAAGGAUCACAAGGGAAACAAAGCACCUCCGGUCUGUGAACCAGUCUGUGGAGUGCAAACGUCUAACACUCUGAAGCGUAUCUUUGGAGGGCAGAAGGCUCUGCCCGGCCAAUUCCCUUGGCAGGUUUUAAUCACGGACGCGCAUGGAGCAACUGGGGGUGGAGCCCUUUUAUACGAUAACUGGAUCUUAACCGCUGCUCACGUCCUGGGCAGCCCAGCUGAUGCCUCCUCCCUGACUUUGAAAUUGGGGCUCCUAAACAAACGCUCCCCUCAUUAUCACCAAGCCUGGGCAGAAUCGGUUUUUGUCCAUGACGGCUUCACGAACGACGGCGUCAACUUUGACAACGACAUCGCUUUGAUUAAACUGAAACACAAAGUCCCUGUUAACAAAAACAUCACUCCAAUCUGCUUGCCGGGAUACAACCCCGGCUUCCGCGUGAAGACAAACGACACAGGAAUCAUUGCUGGCUGGGGGAAAACGGAGCGGUCCCGGCAGUCCCGUUUCUUGCUGUACACUGAGGUAGAUGUUGUCGAGUCGAACAAAUGCAAAGCGGCCUACGCAAACCGGACUGUGCAAGGAAAUCAGCUCAGGCUGACGGAAAACAUGCUCUGCGCAGGAACUGAGGAGGGUGGGAAGGAUUCUUGCUAUGGGGACAGUGGAGGGGCCUUGGUGUUCUACGAUACCCAGGCCAAGAGGUGGUUUGUCGGGGGCUUGGUCUCCUGGGGUUUGGAAUGUGGCUCUGCUGGGCUCUACGGGGUCUACACAAAGGUGUCCAAUUAUAUGUCAUGGAUGGGGGACCUAAUUGCACGCCACUCUUGAUUGGUUUUUGUCGCAUUUUCUAAUAAAACCUAGAACGCAAACAUUUCUGUAGAUUUUAAUAAAGCUCAUCUAUAGCCCCUCACCACCACCAAGCUAACUGAGGUUUAUUUUAAGAAAGAUCCACGGAAUCUGUCUCUAGGCUAUGCAACCAAUCAGAGUUGAAAGAUCUGCUUCUUUGUGGAUUUAUCACCAACCCUCAAGUGAAAAUUGCACAGGGGCCUCAAUUAUUAUGUCCUUGUCCAUUUUAAAUCAGAAAGGUUCACAGAAAGCAUCCAGACCAAUGUUCACAUUUUCCUCGCAAAUUAUUGUAUCUUUAUUGUAUUGUAUCAUAGAUAGAAGGAUGGAUAGACAGACAGACAGAUAUCCCAGGCUUAUUCCCUGCCGCAACCCAUCAGUCAUAAUUCCCAUCUAUUCAGCUUUCUCAUGUUGUUAAAACCACCCGUUUUCUUCUACCAGUCAAUUUUAAAGUCCAAAUCUUUAACUCCAUUGGGGCUAAUCUCUUCCCCUUCAUUUACAUUUACUGAAGCUAAUCUUAAUGAGAUCAACCUAGCAUACAAGGAAUUCCUUUAUUAGCUACCAAAGAGUUGGAGGUAGUAGCAUUCUCUUUUUAUAAACAGGCACUGCUGACAAUUGGUGGGUCGGGAGGGAGAGAGAAAGAGUGUCAGGCAUUAUGUAGCCCAUAGGAGCUGAGCAAGAGCCCCAGAGGCCCUGCUCAUUCAGCUGUAAGACUUUGGUCUCAACUGCUGAGACCAAAAUGCGCCAAGAUUUAAUUCACGCCCACACAAAUCUGGACUGGAAAAAGGAAUUGUCACCAUCAAGUCCAUUUGAGUAGCAAAGUCUCCGUAAUUAAGAGAUGCUCAGCAAGCAGCUGAAACACACAUUUGCUCACAUUGGGCCUCUGUUAAAUUACAAUGCUGCUUAUUACUAAAUGAAGCUCAUUAGCAAGAUAAUCCUUCUAGCGGUGGCAAACCGACUGUGUUCCUUAUUCCCCUCUUUAAAUUGCAUUUAGCACAAUACGUACAAGGGCUGCAGAAAGUUAAAAACAAGACUCCAGACAAUCAAGUUAUGAGAAUUCUGUUUAUUAACUCACUUUCAACACUAACGAAAAAAUUAAUGAUAUGAAUCAUGUUUGAAAACAAUUCUAAGAUGCUUAGGGAUUGGAGGGAAGGGACGUUAGAGCCUUUACUGCUUGAAGCAGCAUUAAAAUGAUCACAGCAUGGGUCCCCCUUUCUAUCCAGAAGUGGCCCUUGGGUUUUAUAAAUACAAGCCAAAAUAAAUUACUGAAACCAUGCUAGUGAGGUAUAAAACUUACCCUCAUGAUUCUUCCUGGGAUGACACAGUUUAGCCUUGGGAGGUCCGAGAAAACCAUAUUAAGUGUUACUCAGCAGCAGUAGCUGGUGUUAAUGCAAGUGCUAAAAUGCAAAAUUCAGAUGGUAGAUUUUGGCAAUGGAUCGGAUUUAGGUGAAGUAAAGAUUAUGCAAUGUAAGACUAUUAUGUCCUCCGGAAUAUUCACAGAUCUGUUUUACACCAAGAACCAUCUUCUGGUGUAAUAAACCAGUAUCAGUAUCGAACAACAACGCCACCAUAAGCACCCAGCAAAUAAUUUUAAGAGUCCACCUACUACACUAAUAUCCUUUAAAAGGAAAUAGGAUUUUCAGCUGAAAUGCAAAGAAAAUCAGGGGAGCUACAGGAGAUUUUAAAGUGUAUAAAUUUAUUUGGGACCAAAUUGACGGCUCCCAUUAGGUAUCAAAUGAAAGUUGUAGGUUUAUAUCAAGCAAGGGACAGUAAACGGUCUGUUACUGUAUAACUCUCUGAGAGCCAAAUGUUUGCCAAUAUUUUGUCUGUUCACCACAUUGAAACGGAGGUUUUUAGCAUCCUAUUCCCAUCAAGGCUGAAUGCCCUGAGAACAUAGACUUAUUUGAGAUUUUUGCUUACACCCAGGAAAUUACCAAUGCCUGCUGACUAGGGAUGGGGAACUUCAUGUGACAGAAUUGCAUUUCAGAUAAGUUUAUCACAAAAGCUAUAAAGAUAAGGCUGGGUCUUAGUUUUGGAGUUUCUGCUACAUAAGGCAGGCAAACCUAAAAAAACAUUUUUUAAAAACGUAAUUCUUAUCUUAAAUGAUACUUUUAAGGAGCUCUUUUGCUCGGGGGGGGGGGGGCUGUCAAACACACACACGUAUUACUUAAAUCAGUUUUAUUUAAGAAUUUCCUACAUUGACAAAUCUUAUAAAAAAGCAUCCAAACACAGAACUUCAGCAAACAGCAUUCAUAUGAAUAUCUUACAGACAGAAAAACUUCCACCCGCAAGGGAACACCUGAGCUUUGCAAGUGAGCUUUGCUGGGGGUGGGGGUGGGGAAGAAGAAAAAAAAGCACACACGCAGAAAGCACACUACAAACUGGAUGUUCCCAUCAGAAAAAUCCCCACCUUCGGUUCACGUUACCACACUUACAGGAUCAUUGAACAAAAUAACACACACCAUACAGCAUUCACAGCAGAGUUGACAUAAAGGAGAAAAAAAUAUGUACAGAUAUUCGUUUCACUUAACACAUCCAACUAAUUUGGUUUAACUAAGUAAAAA